UGGACCCUGCCUGCCAACUACGUAAAUAAUCACCUUCGAAUGUCAGCACCUCCAGUUCCACCACUUCCAGCAGACUACCUAAGACAACCUCAACCUCCACUUGCACCACCAUUACCACCUCUUCCAUCAGAAUAUAUAACCCAACAACGAGAUCAAUCAAAAUCGCCAUUACCCGCGCCUCGCCCACAACGCGUUGACCCAGAUUUACCAUCUAACAUGGCUCGCUCCUUAGAUCAGACCGCUUCUACUUACGGUUCACCACAAAAUUUUCAUCUUCAACAUCAAACACCUUCUUACCGUGCUGUCUCUCCUCGUCCACCUUACAACCCAACUCCAGGUUUUGUUCCACCCCAACGCACUUCUUUUCUACCACCUCCAAACAAUAACACCCCCUGGAACGUAAACCCAGCUGGUGUUCCUCUCCCAGUAUCACCAAGACCACCUCAACCUAUCCCACCAAUGCAUCAUCAACCACCUACACGUUCACAGAGUGCACAGAACGCUGUACCCAGUCUCACAGCCCCUAUUCCCACAGUGCAAAGCCUUUCCACCGCUCUUCCCACAGUACAACAACCUGCCCAUGACCCUGCACUCAAACUCGCUUGGGCCCGUGACGUUCUUCUUCUCGUUGAUCGUACACAAAAUCCAAGCGCGACAGACAUCCCAUCCGGUCCAGUCACGAUCACUGACCCACAACUACAACGUCUCGUUGCAACUGCUGUACCGAUCGUCCAACAACUUGCAUCCAUAACCCAUAACCCACUUCCCCUAUUCGCUGCUGAAGCAGUCUACCUCCGUGCUACACUCGAAGCAAGCGGCGCUUAUCCAGAUCGCAUCCCACACAACCCUCGUCAGGCAUUUCGCGAUUUCGAGACUGCUGCACGUGCUGGUUACGCUGCUGCCUGGUUCCGUCUAGGUCGCGAUUAUGAAAAUUUCAACGAUGCAGUUCAUGCAAAAGACUGUUUCGAAAGAGGCGCAAAAUUGGCCGUCGAAAGUUGUGUUUACCGCAUGGGAAUGGCCCAUUUACUUGGCCAGCUAGGACUCCCUCCAAACCCAGCUACAGCCUUGCCUUUUUUGCAGCGCGCAGCAACCCUCGCAAGUACUACAACACCACAACCCGCGUAUGUCUACGCCCUCCUCCUCCUCGGCGAAUUCUCCCCCGCUUCAGUGCCUCCCUCUCUCUUACCGCAAUCCCCCGCCGCUCAAUCAGAGGCUAGGCGCCACCUCGAACGCGCAGCCUACCUCGGUUUCGCACCCGCUCAAUACAAGCUCGGUCAUGCCUACGAGUUUGCCAGUCCGCCCUUCCCCUUUGAUGCACUGCUCAGCGUUCAGUAUUACUCCCUUGCCAGUCAGCAGGCGGAGGUGGAGGCAGAUAUGGCCCUCAGUAAAUGGUUCUUGUGCGGUGCAGAAGGCGCCUUCGACAAGGACGAAGGCCUCGCAUUUACCUUUGCUGAAAAGGCCGCUAGGCGUGGGCUACCAAGCGCCGAGUUUGCGAUGGGCUAUUAUAAAGAGGUCGGUGUCGGUGGUGAAAAGGAUAUUCAGGAAUCCAUGAAGUGGUACUCCCUCGCUGCUGAACACGGAAAUACAGACGCUGUAGAACGUAUCGCAGCGCUCAACCAAUCAGUCCCCCAAGCCCUCUCACGACAAGAACACGACACCAUCACCGAAGCCAAGCUCGUGCGCAAGCGCACUCAAGCCCGAGAACGAUCCAGCGUCCAGCCACGUAUGAGUCUGGAGGAUGGUAGACAAGUCAUGGAGAUGGCGAGAAAGAGCUCUAUUGUGCGACAAGUACAGCAGCAGUCUCCACCACAGGUCCACGCCCAGCUAUUAUCGCUUUCUGAGGGAUCAUCACCCUCUGCUAUGCCCCAGCAACUACCUCCACAGCAGCAGCCAGCGCAAAGGCAGUUCGCUAAUCAACAUCGGUACACGCUUGUUGACCCUGGAUCUGGGAGUGCUACGCCUGUUCGUCAACAGUCGCCAUCGCAGCAGCCACAGGCACAGCAGCCGGCGUAUGCACGUGCUGCUGGAAGACCGCCUGGUCAGAGGCAAGGUUCGGCGCCGCAGCCGCAGCCGCCAGCACAGGCACAAGGUCCACUAGGAGCCGAUAGAGAUAGAACGCCGACCCCUCAGGCUGCUCGUGCGCCUGGUUCAAAACCAGCCACCACGUUUGCAGAGAUGGGAAUUCAAGGUGCAAAAUUGGAGGAAAAGGAGUGCGUGAUUAUGUAGGGGAGGAAGGGGAAAUGCUCCAAGCACAUCUAGAAUACCAUAACUCGGUUUUUUCUCUUGUUCUUCGGACUAUUGUUUGUUCGCCUCUUACAUAUUUUCUUACAUGGACGAUAUGGUUUGGUACAUGCAUGUAUGGUCAUUGUAACAGCGUUGGUACAUAGAUGUCAUGUUUGUUCUUUCUGUCAUUUGUCAUGAACUUUACUUACUGGCUGUGUAAUAGGGCCACCCUGUGGACGUUGCAUUAAUAAUAUUGUAGUUGUAGUUCCUCGGAGUGACGUCAUCACCUUUCCGGAC